CUCAGCUCACAGGCCUCAAGCCGAACUUACGCUGCAUCCACGAUUCACUGCCACGAUGUCGACUGACAAUGGUGCUCCAGUGAGGUUUCUCAAUUACCCCACUCCAACACCUCGGGAGAUUCCGUACAACGCGCCUCCGCCUAGAAAUAAUCCCGUUGUCAAAGGCGUCGCAUUGCACUACCUCGCCAACGUUGUCGCAACUGUUCCCGGCGUUGCAUAUCUCCUGUGGCGUAAUGCCGGCUUCGCCUCGCUGCGAAACCUCGAGGAGCUCGAUGGCGUCGAUCCCCGAUACGAUCCUACCGUAAUAUCUCUUCCGAGACCCGGAGACGAGCGCAUCGAGAGCUACACGAACGCAGUAAAUCUGCGUGUUCUGCCCAAGGAUGCAAAGGGACGGUUCUACACGGUCGCCGACUUCCACGAUGCAUACAAGAGUGGUGUGCUUACGCCUACGGAUGUCGUAGAGCGACUGUUGCCUCUCAUACGUAGGGAUAUUGCGCAACGGUCACCGCUCUCGACGGCGUUCAUGGAAAGCAACGUCGAAUUGAUCAUGCAGGCUGCGGAAGCUUCGACAAAGAGGUGGAAGCAGGGCACGCCGUUGGGCAUGCUCGAUGGCGUGCCGUUCGCUGUCAAGGACGAUCUGGAGGUGAAGGGGUACAAGAGGUAUAUUGGCACGCGUCACGACUACACAGAAGGAAAGGAAGUAGAGACCAGCUGGUGUGCGAGGAAGGUUGAGGAAGAGGGUGCGAUUCUUGUAGGGAAGCUCACUAUGCACGAGCUGGGCAUGGACGUCUCCGGAAAUAACCCCAUAUGGGGUUGCCCGAAAAAUCCCCUUAACGACUCAUACUACCCGGGAGGCUCCUCAGGAGGCGCUGCGUCUGCUGUUGCAUCUGGACUUAUUCCCUUCGCGAUUGGCUCUGACGGUGGCGGCUCCGUCCGUAUUCCCAGCAACUUCUGUGGACUCUAUGGCCUCAAGACCUCUCACGGCCGAGUCUCGGUCGCACCCAUGCCAGAUGCUGGAAAGUCGGUCACAGUUCGAGGUCCAUUGGCUAGCAGUAUGGCAGACCUUGAGAUCUCCUACCGUGUUCUCGCCCAACCUGACCCUUCCAAUAUCUCGUCAUCGCAGUUCAGUCCACCCAGAGCAGUCACUGGCCCUCGCAACAAGAUCCUUGGCAUAUGCAAGCCCUGGUUCGACCGUGCAGACCCGCCUGUCCAAGAAGCGUGUGAGUCAGCGCUACAGUAUCUCCAAUCUGAGCUAGGUUACAAGGUUGUGGACAUCAGUAUUCCACUUCUACACCAUGGGCAACUUGCUCAUGCCAUGACUAUCAUGGCAGAAGGUGCAAGUGCCCACAAAACAUCCAUAUACGAUCUCACGCCUGCCAACAAGGUUCUGAUGAGUGUGGCACGACAGACACCAGCAACAGACUUCCUACUCGGCCAACGUGUGCGCAACAUGCUUAUGGAACACCUGGCUCAUCUAUUCCAAGCCUACCCUGGCCUGGUCAUUGUCACACCCACAACACCCAAUGCAGGCUGGCCAAUUGGGGACGGUGACCUAGCAUACGGAAUUUCAGAUGCCAAUACCCAAUUGAAGAACAUGGAAUAUGUAUGGUUGUCUAACUUCUGUGGCCUGCCAUGCAUCCAGCUUCCUGUGGGCUAUGUAAAUGGUGUGAAGGGAACGGGAAAGGUGCCUAUUGGGUUGAGUGGACAAGCAGAAUGGGGAAGUGAGGAUGCCCUCAUCGAAUUUGGAUUCGAUGGAGAAAAGUGGUUGAAUGAGGGGUAUGCAGGUGGCAAAGUGAGACCGGGAGGGUGGGUUGAUGUGCUCAAAAGGUAGUGUGAGUGCCUUCAAUGUCUGGGAUAUUGUUGCUCCUAAGCCAAUUUCAGCGUAAUUGUAUUGUGCUUGAUGUAUAAACAUACAAACACAACACAGUGAUUUCUAACGCAGCAUUUGAGCUAAACUCCAACCCUUUUCCAUCCAGAAAAAUAACAUAGAAGCAGAGC